CUUGAAUCACAUGCGCUAUUUCACAUGAAUAGAAACUGAAAGAGCACUCAGCUUGGCAGUGCAGUUCCACACCCUCUGUUAGAGGAGGUGUCUCCAGGCGUAGGUACUCUGAACAAAUACGACCUUAAUUACUUUAAGGUUUUCGUCGGGAAAUCACAGGACAGACCAUACUGGCUCUGUAUACUGUACUUACUGUACUUGAUCUUCUUUUUUUUUCUACUGAAAAUAGCCUCAGGGCUUUGACUGAGCAGUUUCACCGAACAAAUUUUGCCUACAUUCUCUGGAUGGGACAGGAAACCGGAUGGGACAGAGCAGAGGCUUGUUGACGUGAAACAGCUGUGAAAUCAAAUUAAAUCACCUGACUGCACAUUUGAGGCACUUACCUUGGCAUUGUCAACCCUGACACAGGAAUAUGAACAAAGCUAUGCCCCAGUCCGAUGAGGACGUCCCCCUGGUGACCCCGGCCGUCUGCAAUCUCAUCAAACAUCGGAUGAAGCACCUCACCCCGCGUCGUGCCGACCAGCAGCAUUCUGCCAAGCUGGUGAACGACCUGCGAGACAGCCUCCUGGACUUUCUGAAGAAGAACAAAAAACAGCCCUACUUCAGAUCUGUCACAGUGCUCAACAGCGGAAGCUACUAUGAGAUAGUGAAGAUAAAUGACCCAGAUGAGUUUGAUAUGAUGUUGCUGUUACCAACCCCACGGCUAACCUGGACAGAGCUGAAGGAGUUCCACGGGCUGCACUACAGCGUCUCCCUGAUGCGACCCACUCGCACUGAGAUCCAGGCCUUCCUGCUGGCUGACGGGCUCACAAUCUCAGCCAGCAGAAUCCUCAGCGAGAUGCGUUACCUGGUCAGAAAUUUCAUCAGCACAUACAAAGUCCCCAAGGGAGCUGGUCGCUGGGUGCUGAACAGGAAGCGGCCCAGUUCGCCAGCGGUGACACUAUCGCUGAUGUGCAAUGCGCAAGAUGGUGAACAGGCGACAGAACUGCUGUCGGUGGACAUCGUUCCCGCCCUGGAGGCGCCUGAACCGCAAGCCUGGCCGCUUGCUGCUCGAGAUGGCCUGAAGGUGGAUAACUGGCUGGGCAAGAAGGCCCGACGUGACCUCACCAGGCAGUCCUUCUACUUCGUACCCAAGAAGCCGGCAGGGCGUAACCUCAGCGAUGCCGCUAAGGAGAGCUGGAGGAUUUCCUUCUCUCACAUUGAAAAGGAAAUUAUCAAGAACCAUGGUCAGGCCAGGACCUGCUGCGAGGGCCAUGCCACCAAGUGUUGCCGAAAGAAGUGUCUCAUGCUGCUGAAGUGUCUGAUCGAGGGCCUGAAGGUGCGGUUCCCUGAGGAGCUGGAGCGUCUUUGCUCGUACCAUGGGAAGACAGCCUUCCUGCACACCCUCUGCAGGCGCGGCAGAGACUCGCAGUGGGCCCCCGGUGAUCUCCCCUCCAGCUUCAUGGAGCUCUUGUUGGCCCUGCAGGACCACGCCUUCAGAGGCCAGCUCCCCCACUUCUUCAUUCCGGCCUGUAACCUAUUCGCUGCCCCUGCCUUUCCACGCAAGGCACGGUCCUGCCUGCAGAAGGCACUAGAGGAGCAGGUGAAGUUGGGCCUACCCCUCCUGCAGCAGCCCGGCCCUGCUCCACCGCUUGCUCUUAACCCAAGCCCUCCCUAUCCCUCCCUGGGCGCAAAGCGAGAUCAUUCACCAGUGAUGAUAUUAGCAUCAAUAGUCAUAUCGCUAGGGUUGCUCUCUCUGGCUGCUAUUGCAGUCUUUUAGAUCAGUGGUCCACAGACUUCCUGGGGUCUGUGAAGUAGUUCUAGGGGUUGUUUACCAAAAUUGGAAAACAUUUCUGUUUAUUUUUACAUAUUUUAUAAAUGAUGCAUUUUUGACAGAUAAUACUUUGCCUAGUUUACUUAGUACUUAAUAAUUAAUACUGUGUUCAUUGUACUUAAAAAAAGUACUUAUGAAAUAUUUAUUGAUCCAUAAUAUCAUGAAAUCAAGAUUUUAACAUAUUUACAGAUUUAGCACAUCUGAUUUGUUAAAUAGCUACUGCAUUUGGAUAAGGGUAUCAAACAACCAGUCUACUUAUGAGGAGGUUUAGUUUCUGUGAAAACAAAUGUACGUGUCAUGUCCUUGCUGUAAGUGUUUCCUGUCAAGAAAUUUUUCCUGAAUGGAUUUUGCCCACUGACUUGAAUUUUGACACUGAUAUACUGCAGUAGGGAGCAUAUUUAUUACCACAGAAGGCAAAUAAGUUAUUUUUCCUUCUGUAUUAUAUGUAUGAUAAGCAUCAGGGAUUGUGAUUUGCCAUCUAGCGGUACAUUUUUAUCAUUAUUAUUAUUGGCCUAUUAAAUUUUUUCUAAUAUCUUGUGAUUUCAACUAUUUUGCACCAAUGUUUUAGUUUGUUUUUAGUUUUAGGUUUAUAUCUGAACAUUUCUGUUGGAAGUCCUUGAAUUUCUGUUUUAACAAGUAUAUUACAUUCUUGCCUUGAAUUUUCUUUUUUUUUUUUUUGCAUCUGGCUCUUUGUUAGCAUGUCAUUUCAGAUAUGACUACACACUUUUUUUUUAAAACAUAGCCUUUUGUUUUAAUUCAGCCAAUUCUUAUUCAGUGGUUCUCUUUAUGCCCAUCUUACUUUAGCCUGUAUCAGUUUGAAGUUGUAGUAUCAUAUGUGUUUUAUUUGUCUGCUUUUCAUUGUUAUGUAAUUUGCUAAUUUGCUAAAUUUGUAAUUUGUCAUGCUUGAAAAAAAUAUAUAUUACCAUGUUGUCUCUGCAUUUAUUUAAUCACAAAUGCCUCUCAAGUCCAAAUAAGACAUGAAAUCCAGAAACAGAUGCAGUCCUCCUUGCCCACCCCAGUUCUAGACCAAGGAUAUGACCAAGUGACUGUGCUAAAACCAGACACUGACCAUGGUUUGAGACCAAGACAAUUACAACAGAAGGCUUAUGUGAAAAGUGAGACAGUGUAUCAGAUGUAUCUUUGAAAGCAUGCAUUUUACCAAGAUCAAGGGUGAGGCUUAGAGGGGUGCUGGGUGGCUCAUCCUCUUAAGGCACUGUUGUUGUGCUUGGAUGGGGCCCCCCAUUGAAGAUCAAAUGCUUACUGUGCCAGUGCCAAGUGUGGCCAGUAGCCUCGUGAGGACGUGCAAAAGUUUUGGUAGCAUCAUCCAGGAUUAGGGAGGGUUCAAUCAAUCAGAAUCUGCAUUUCAUUGUUCUGCCCUUCUGAUCAAACAGGCACCCAAGGUCUGACUGAAAAAGCAUGAAGAGCCUAUGGGCUGUGGUGUGACAAGAAGCAGCUGGUGACAUCACAUACUUUGGAUGGGAGUGGGUGCUUGGCUUCACUCUCCCACAUCAGUUACAGAGAUGGUAGCAUAAGUGUGGUUGUGUACCACUGGCCAUUCCAAAGUGAGGAUAAAAUAGAGAAAGCAUAAAAAAGACUGAGAUUUAAGAUUAUGAUCUGGGAUCCAGAAAAUUUAUGUUUGACUAAAGCCUUUGGUGAAAUGGGAGUUUAUGUUUUGGGGAGGAACCAGCUGAGGGGGGAGCAUUUAUUUAUUAUUGAUUUCAUCAUAGAAUGGCAGUGGAAAAGUGUGAUGGUUGUGAACUUAUUGUUUGACUGUGAGAGGAAAUCAGCCAGCAGAAUAGGAUGUAGUGGUAGAGAGGAUUUUUCAAUGGGCACUUUUUACUUGCCACUGCACUUUCCUUCCCACUGGGGUUUAUUUAUUUAUUAUUUUUAACCUCAGUUCCUUGCUUUUUCUGGGUUUAGGCCUGUUUUUUGCCCUGUUCCACAACAAAGUGUCUUUGCGACAGUAUACUUUAUAAGAAGUGCUAUAAAAAUAAAGCUGAAUUAAACUGAAGUUCACGCAGAAUUUUGGGCCAAACUGAAGUAUCAGACCAAAUACUAGGGAAGUUACUGUUGUUGUCUUCUGUAAGAAUGGUGCAUGUAGAGACACCGCCCAGUGCUUAUGUAUUAUAUAUUAUUAUUAUGCUUAUGUGUUGAGAAUAUGUCACCAACACCAUCACCACCACUACCACCAUCAACAUCAAAAUUCCAAUGGUACAUAUAUAAAUAAACAUUUAUAUUUUUAAGCUUU